AUGAAGUUCGCUACAGUCGCGGCGGCAGCAAUGCUGCCUCUAGCUUACGGCUUCUCCAAAGAUGACUACGAUUCUGGUCGCGUCAUGGCUCAGAUGAUGGAAGCUAAGGAGUCCGCUUGGGCCAAGCACAAGGCUGCUGGUGCAUACGAUAACAAGAAGUGGAACGGCUUCGACAAGAAGCGCCCAAACAAAGAUGUCAUCAAGUGCACCAACGGAAAGGCUGUGGCUGUAAAAGGCGACGCAGACCAGACCUACAAGUGCAAGGAUAUCGAUCUCUACGACUUCAAGACGCAUGAAGAGCUUGGCAGCGAUGGUGGUGAGGGAUCCGGCUCCUGGGGAUGGAGCUACCGCGGCCGCGAGUUCAUUGCCAUCGGGCAGACUGACGGAGCUGCAUUUGCCGAAGUCACCAGCAAAGGAAAGCUCGUCUACCUUGGGCGAUUGCCAGCCCAAGCCAGCCCUGUCAUCUGGAGAGAAAUCAAAGUGAGCGGCGACUACCUCAUCGUCGGCUCCGAGGGCGUGAACCACGGCGUACAAAUCUUCGAUCUAAAGAAACUGCUCAAGGUCGACUCCAAGACGCCCAAGGUCUUUAGUACGGCGACUGACCUCACCGGCCUCUUUACUGACUAUCUCGAGCUCGGCCGCUCGCAUAACGUCGUUGUCAACUUUGAGAAUGGUAAUGCUUUUGCCGUCGGAGCUCAGCCUCGCAACUCGACCUGCGCCGCAGGCCUGAUCUUCAUCGAUAUGAAGAAUCCCUCCAAACCUACCUCUCCUGGAUGCGCCUCCGCUGACGGCUAUGUGCAUGAUGCGCAAUGUGUCAUCUACCGUGGCCCGCACAAGAAGUACUUCGGAAAGGAGAUCUGCUACGGCUACAACGAGGAUACGCUCACCAUCUAUGAUGUGACGAACAAGCAGGGUACCAACGCCGGCAAAGUCAUUUCGCGGACCCCCUAUAAAGGUGCCAGCUACACGCACCAAGGGUGGUUGUUGGAUUUGCAAUGGCAAACCCACCUCAUCAUGGACGACGAGCUCGACGAGGGCGAAAUCGACCCCGACCGCACCCCCGCCGACUCUCCCGCCAUCGACGGCUUCCCUGUCACUUACAUCUGGGACAUCACCAACCUUGAAGCCCCCAAGAACACCGGCUACUACAAGUCCUCAACGCGCUCCGUCGACCACAACCAAUUUGUCUACGACGGCCUCGCAUACCAGUCUAACUACCAAGCCGGCCUGCGUGUACUCGACGUCUCUGGCAUCCCGCGGGACCCCACAGGCGGAAACGUAAAAGAGAUUGCGUACUUUGAUGUGUACCCCGGUGAUGAUGAUCUGCCGGGUGGAGGAGAGGCGCUGUGGGAUUUUGGCACUUGGAGCCAUUUCACGUUUCCCAGUGGGUGGAUUGUGGUGAAUACUAUCGAUAGGGGUGUGUUUGUUGUCAAGAUGAGCAAGUUCAAGGGGAGAGGUCAUGGGAAGAGGUGGGUUAAGCCGAGGACGAUUAGGUAA